CGGUGGUUUCGAAAUCCACGUCACCCCAAACCUUUCGCGGGCUUCUCUCCACCAUCCUUGUAGCUUGGAGCAUUUCGCGGGCAUUUAUUUACCGGCCAUGUGGCACAUACCCUUUUGUAGACUCUUCUCCACCUGCCAUGUGUCCUUCGAUAUCCCGCUCUUGCUGAUCUGGCUCAGAUUUUUUCAAAUUCCCUUAGUUUCGCGCUCGAAAAAAUCCUCCCAACGGCUCUCAACGGACACAUGCGACCCCAACCAGGCGUGCGAGACCCCCACCCAGCCCAGCUUUGAUUUCGUAGUCGCUCGGCUCGCAAUCGUAAUCCCAUUUUGCCAUCGCCGCUCGUCGCCAGCCCAAUCCCACCCACUUCCCUCGUCGCUCUUCUUGCGCCCAUCCCUCUCCCUCGCUUCAUUUUCCCCUCGCGUUCGCUCAUCGUCGUCAUUCUCCGCGUUGCCUCCGUCUUCACUCCUGGUUUCGGACGUCGUCCCGCUGAAAUGGUCUCUUCGCUCCUACAUCUGCAGUUACGCUACGCUAGAUUUCGUCUCCUAGACUCCGCGAUUUCGAACCUCGGGAGCGCCGCGCGCGUAGCAGUGUGAAGCUGCUCGUUUUCGUCGCCUCUGCAGUUAUCGUCGCGACUUCAAUUCCAAUACUUGAAGGAGCUGUGAAGAAUGUUCUUACCGCACGAGCUUCGCGACGUAUUAAUCGGCACGCCAAAAGAUCCUAACCGCGGCGUGAAGGCGAAGCUCCGAAAUUGCCGCGAACUGCAAUUUGAAAUUGUCUCUUCGUGCGUUGUUUCACAAGGCAUUAAUUCAAGGCGAAGUGUCAAGCCAAGAUCUCAAGCUGAGCUGUUCGCCAAGAUUUAAAGCCGAAGAUUCUAAGCCGAGCUAUGCUAGGUGUCAGGUAUGGUAUGGUCCGUCGGGUGAGCCGCGGGCGUGCUGCCUUCACCCAUUAUUCAUUGCACAUGGCGCGUUCAUCGAGCUUUCCGCAAUCCGAGUUUUCUCGCACAUAGCAGUCGUUUUGCACGCAUCCCACCCUCCCCACCCAUCCCACUCAUUUCCCUUCCCACCCACCCCACUCCCCAACUCCGGUCCUUCAGGUGCUGUUGCUGGGAGUUGCGGUGCCGUGCUCGCUUCAGGAAGCAGGCAGCAGAGGGCCGCAGAGGGCGGAGCAGCACGUGCAGCACGCGCAGGCUUCGCCCUUUUGCCAGCUCAGCAUGCUCCCGCCAUCCGUCCACUGAGGAUAAGUACCCCUCACUCCUCACUGCUUGUCACAGCGCCACUUCAAUGCCAUCCGCACCCAUUCCCGCCCUCACUGCUCCUUCCACCAGCUGCCACGUGGCUCAUCCAGGGACCCUCCCCCAGGUGCCAGGUAUCAGGUGCGUGCAAGCCUCAGGCAUGGUAUGGUCCCUCGGAUGAGCCGCCGGUCGCUCUGCCAUCCCUCGCCAACCAUUGCACCCGUGCAUCGAUUUCGUUCCGCGAUUCGAGUUGCCUCUCACGCCUCGCAGUCGUUGAGCCCCCCUCCCACCACCCCUCCCCAUCCCCCAACCCCGCUCCUUCAGACACUUGCUGGCUCGUUCUUUCUGCUGGCUCAGCUCGCCACGUGGCUCAUCCAAGGACCCUCCCCCAGGUGACAGGUGUCAGGUAUCUGCGAGUAGGUGCAAGCCUCAGGUAUGGUAUGGUCCCUUGGGUGAGCCGCCGACUUGCUGUCACUCGCGGCACGCUUUUAUCACGUUCUGGCCUACAUGCCAGUCGUUUUUCACCCUCCAUAUCCCACCCACUCACCCCACUCACCCCACUCACCCCACUCACCCCACUCAUCCCCCCUCCCCUUUCCCCAACCCUCGGUCCCUCAGGUGCAGCGGGGGGGGAGUGUGUGCCAUGCGCGCGUCAGGAGUGCAGCAGAGGCGACAGCAGGCGGCAGAGGAACAGAGGGGAGGAGCGGCAGCAGCGCAUCGCCCUUGAGCCUGCUCUGCACGACCCACCAGCCGUCCACUGAGGAUAAGUACCCCGCACACCUCGCUCCUGGUCUCAGCUCCAAUGGAAUGCCACUCUGCACCCAUCCACACCCCACACUUGCUCACUCGACUUUCGUUUUCGUUUGCUGGCUCGGCUGCCACGUGGCUCAUCCAGGGACCCUCCCCCAGGUGCCAGGUAUCUGCAGGUAGGUGCAAGCCUCAGCAGGUGGAGAGGAGCAGAGCCAAUGGGGUCACCGAGUGCAGAGGACGCCGCAGCAGCAGCAGCCCCCUUCUCCGCCUCACUGCCGGCCCCGACUCAGAAGAUAAUUACCCUGCCGUAACUCGUCUUCUUUUUUUCGCUCCAGCUGCACCGUGGCGCACCCACGAGCUCCGAAUCUCCCCCCCCCGGACUUGAGUCUGCUCUCGUCGCCUUUCGUUCGCCUGUGCGCGUCUCACUGCCAUCACUCCACUCCAUGCGCACUCCACCACUCGCUGCCCUUACCGCACUUGCUGCUCUGUGACUCGCCCAAGAGCCACCCCCCGGUAUCAGGUUCGGACUUUGGUAUCCCCCCCCCCAGGUUGCCAGGUUCCCCACCCUCCCAGGUGUAGGGUAAACCCUUCCACCCCUGGUUCGGCCUGUGGUUGGUUCAGACCGAGGUACGGCCUCUUGGGUGCGCCACAGCAGCUUCUGCAUCUCGCCUCCAUCGCUCGCCACACUUCCCUGCCUGUUUUCCGCCACUCCAACUCCGCCUCCCUAA